UCAAUUCGUACACAGACACUCACUAUAGGCCAAUCUACAAUGCGAUAAUGCAUAUUAAAAUAUGCAGGCCUCAUCAUAAGUAUUCUUACUUCCUGGGAAUACCCUGAUGAAGGCUCCGAGUUAGUCUCCGCCCAGCGGUGACUUUUCGGAAACUUCCCAACAGACUUAUAUAACCCUUCACGAACUGGACUCAUUGACAGCAACUCAAAUUGAAUUCAUGGUCACUUCACUACGCCCAUCCAUAACAAGAGCCUCUCGAUUCAUCAAAAUGACUUCCUCAGACACCGAAAACGCCCUCAAGACUCUCAGAGAGCACUAUGACAGCGCUACUCUGGAAGCUCAGAUGCUGUACGCUUCCAAAACCAUGAUGCCACACCUAAUCAAGCCUCUACCUACACAAAUGGGGAUAUCUGAGAAUGCUUCAAAGCCUGUGAAAUUCCUGGACAAUGCCUGUGGAAGCGGAGUCUUGACACAUGCGGUACAGCAGGCUUUGCCAAAAGAUAUACUUGAAAAGAGCACGUUUUUAUGUGCUGAUGCUUCAGAUGGCAUGGUCAGUGUAUCUAAGAAGAGACUUGACACGGAAGGAUGGGUUAAUACAGAGGUUAAGAAGCUGGAUGCGACGAACACUGGGCUCCCUGAGAAAUCUUUCACGCAUGUUGGUCUUGGUCUUGCACUCCAUGUCAUCCCCGAUCCAAAUGCUGUCCUAGUCGACACCAAACGCAUCCUCAAGUCAGGAGGCAUCUUCGGCGCAACAACGUUCCACAAAGACAACACAUUCUGGAUCCCAGACAUCAGAACAGCAUUCGCAUCAUUCCCCUUUGAAGCCAAACUGCCCGAAGUCAUGAAGAUGCAAAUGCACGACCAAGGCGACUGGGCAAACCCCGCCUGGAUCGAAGAGCACCUAAAGAAAGAGGGGUUUCAAGAUGUGAAAGUGACUGCUCAUAAUGAUAGUUACACUAUUGAAAGUGCGGAGGAUUAUAUUUUGCAGUUUGGUAUGAUGUUGGGUUGGUUGAUCAAGACUUGGUGGAGUGAGGAGGUGCAGAGGGAGCAUUCGCUGGAGGAGGUUAAGGAGUUGUUGAGGAGGCAUCUGGUGGAGAAGUAUGAGGGCAAGGGGUGGGAUAUUGAGUUCAAGGUGAUUUGUAUGACUGGGAGAGUUGAUUAACUCGGCAUGAGGUUGAGGAGCACCCUCAGAGAGGAUUAGAAGCUUGGUCUUUCAUAUUCAUCCCAGAACUCAUUAUUACUUGACGACUAGAAAUAAGAAUCAGAUUGGUUUUCGACUGGUCAAUGGUAAAAUAAUUGCAGAGUUCCAGUUCUUACGAUGACUGGUCGGUAUCAGAAAUGAAUAGUAUUGUGACAGCUGAGUAGAAUAACUUAACAAAGUAGCCACCC